AUGAAGUUUAGGUUUGUCGAUGAACUAAGUGGGUUAAUUGAAGCCGAGUUAGGUUCUUCGAGGGAUCAAAUUAACUUACACCUCUUUCGAGCAAUCUGUAAUGUUAGGACGCUUAAGCUACGUUCUAAUGUGAUUGACGCUCUUAACAAUGCUCUGGAUGAUGAUGAUGGUCAAUUGCCCGUGUUUCAUAACCUAUCAUGCCUCGUAUUUUCAGAAACAAAUCAUUCUUGUUGGAAAGCAUUGCUAUGUCUGUUAAAUUGCACACAAAAGAUAGAGUUUCUAUCCAUUGAGAUGAGUACGAGGUUUGAGGAAGAGGAGUUUAACGAAGAGGAGGAAGAUGAAGAGGAGGAAGAGGUUAAUGAGAUUGCUAUGUACGAGUAUGUUGUACCUCCAAGUUCGUUACAAUAUCUAAAAAGGUUGGAAAUUGGGUUUAAGGAAGUCGAAGAUUAUGAGACGAUGGAGUUGGUAAUGUACUUGUUGAGAUACACUAGUGCUCUGGAAAAACUUCUUGUUCAGGUUCCUGAUUGUACAAGUAAUUUUGAGGCUCUUCGACUCGAGUCAGAAUUAUAUGAGUAUUUGUCCGAGCUCCCAUGA